AAAUUAAAAUUCAUGUCUUUCGGAGGAAAACCUUUUCAAUGAAAAAACUAUUAUUGAGUGCACUUUUAAAAUACACUGUAACAGGUAGGCUUAGCAUAACUUUAAAUUGUUUUAAAAGUGUGCUAAAUUGAAAUUAGCCUCCACUGUCAGCAAAACAAGAAAUUAAAAGAAAUUUUUUAAAAGAAGAAUUAAAAGAAGUUUUUUUACACUGUUUGAAGGAGAUUCCAUGCUAAUGCACAGGUUUUACAGUAGAAUCAAAAAUGUAAGGUGGCUAACUAUGGUAUAUUGACAGAAAUGAGUAUUACAUUAGUCAUUUUUAUAAGUUUACGGUGCUUACAACUUAAAUGCGAUACGACGUUGAAAACAGUCAUUUUUGAACUACUGUAGGCUAAGCUAAAUGUGCUACAAACUCUGAGCAUGUUGAGUAAUAUUUUGGCGCUGUUCUCGUUGUGUCCGAUAGGUGGCAUAUCUGCUUGUACGCCUCCAGCAGACCAACACAAAAGAAAACGAGGAAGCGCUUUCUUUUUCUACUGUUUUUAUGCUUGUCAUUCAUGAACUUCAGUUUUGUUUUAUUUGGAGUGUUAUUUAUUGCAUUAUAAACCGUUUUUACGUGAGAGAGCCUUCUAACACUAGCGGAUUGCGCUUCUUAAGCGCUGUUAAUAGCCGGUCGUCAUUAUUUUGAUGGUAAAUUAUGGCAGAAGGCGGCAGUAAUAUGGCCAGUCUACCUCCAGGAGACCCGCAGCUCAUUGCGCUCAUUGUGGAGCAUCUGAAGAACAGAGGCCUGUUUGAUGAGUUUAGACGAGACUGUCUGGCAGACGUGGACACGAAGCCAGCUUACCAGAAUCUCAGGCAGAAGGUGGACAACUUUGUGUCCACUCAUCUUAGCACUCAAGAAUGGAAUCCAUCCAUCAACAAGAACCAAGUGAGGAAUGUCUUGAGACAGAGUGUAGUUCAGUCAGGAAUGUUGGAAUCAGGGGUGGACAGAAUCAUUACUCAAGUGGUGGACCCGAAACUGAACCACAUCUUCAAGCCGCACAUCGAGAACGCCAUUCAUGAUUUCCUAUCCGCAGAGAAGAAAGAGGAGGGGCCGUCAAGUUUAACACCUGAUGCCGAGCAACAGGAGACAGCCAGCAAUACUGCGGCCAAAACACUAUUUUGCGUGAAAACUAAAGAUGCACGUUGGAUUGCUAUCCAUCUCCUGCUUCCUCUUGAAAGAGUUGAAAACCUUGUGCCAGUGGUGCCGAAACCCGGGAAGGAGGAAGAAUACACUGUCAUAACGUCCUCGCCUCUGGAAGAAAUCAAGUCCCUCGCCAGCAUCCACCAAGCACAACACCAGGCCCUCUUGGAGCUGCGGAAGGAGCAGAAGAAGCAUUUCGAGGUGCUCUUCCAGGCCCAAGGACCGGCAGGUGUUGCAGAGCUUGCUGCCCCAGGAGGGGUCAGCCACAGAUCAGAACAGCACCGCCAGCGUUUCCGCACAUUGACACUGAGCGAGGUCGGGUGCACUUUUGCCUUCACACAACAGCUCAGCUACACCUGUCGGCAGUGGUUGCUGGCUGAGGAGGGGGGCGACAUCGACGACACCAUGGUGUGGGAGAAGUUCAUCUCCCGGCUGCCAAAGGGGAUGAUGGAGUGGGUCCAGUGCCACUGUUCGGCAUCACUGCAGGAGGAGAUCCAGUUGGACAUGCAUGUCAAAUAUAUCACUGGGGUGUUUUUAUUAUUACUGGCGGUGCGGCAAACAGACGCGACGGAUACAAGCAGCGCUCAUGACACCUCACAGGAGAGAUUACAGAACAUCCAGAAGAGAAGACUGUCUCUGCAGAACACAGUAGAGAUUCAGCAGUGUCUGGUGAACGCGGGUGAUGUGGGCUGCGGGAUGUUUGAGUGCUUCAACAACAACUCCUGUGAGAUCCGUGGACUACACGACAUCUGCUUGACAUUUCUACACAAUGCGGGCAAAUUUGACUCCCAGGGAAAAUCAUUCAUCAAAGAUGCACUGAAGUGCAUGGCCCAUGGACUGCGCCACAAGUUCAGCUGUGUCAGCCGCAAGUGUCUGGCCGUUAAAGAGAUGGUGUUUCAGCUGCAGCGGGAGUGUUAUGUCAAACACAACCUCUGCGCUGCGGUAAGAGAGAACAUCAACGUCAUGGUGGGGAUGAUCCACUUCAAAGACCUGUUUCCCAAAGGGCCCCAUGUGGAGUUGGUGAACAUCCUGUUGGGCUGUGGCGAGGAGGUGCGCGAAGCCAUCGGCCGAAGAAUACAAACUCAGUGUGAGCAGAACUGGGGAGCUCUGUGCAGGAGUCUUAGUCUCUGUACAAUUGGAAAGAUGAAGGGCCAGGCCAGUUCCACCCUCGCCCCUCCCUCCAGCUCAGACACCACCACCCCAGUGGGUGCAAACGCCAACUCCCUCCCCCCUGCAGGCCUGGUUCUCCCCAAAGCUGAUGUGGACACGGUUUGGACUCUCACAGAACGAGAUGAAGGUGAAAAUCAGAGUCAGUCCUCAGGUCCUCAGUCUAAAGACAAUGUCUCUGAUGCUGAAAAAGAGCUCAAGAGAUCUUUGAACGCCACCAAAAGGAGGUGAAGGGAAGGUGCGCCUCAGUGCCUUUAGCCAUACAAAACGGCUCUCAAAUACUCUUAAGGACAUAUAAGCUGCAGGUCCCAGUGAUUCUAAAGGGCUUUUCACACUAUGCUAAACACCAAGUUAACAUUGUUUUUAACCCUUGCUUAUGAAACCCUGCUGGGA